AUGAUGAAUGCUGAAGAUAUCAGCAAGGACAAGAAAAAAGGCAUUCAACUGCAUGUAGGAGAUCAACUAGCCAAAGGAUCAUUUUCAACGACAUUCCUGGCAACCACCGUCCCAGAAUUGAGUGGAAAUUACUCCGAGGUGGCCAAAGUGGGACUAAAGAAACAUCAUCACAAAUAUGCGAAAGAGCAAGAAAUUCUUCAUGUAGUCAAUGGACACAAACACUUCCCCCGCCUUGUGUAUGCUGGGGAGUCUCCAAAAUUCACAUACAUUGUGACAGAAUAUGGGGGAGAGGAUUUGAAGACGGUUUGUGAGAGAAAUCGAUUCGGCCUCACCUCCAAUAAAAAUGUGAUUCGUUUGGCUCACAGAUUGCACGGUGCUGUCGGUUUCCUUCACACCAAAAACUUUUUUCAUCGUGAUAUGAAAGCAGAGAACGUCCUGAUUGAGCUGAGAAACCAAAGUGUUCGUGUCAAGCUUUGUGAUUUUGGCGAUGCAAGCGAUAUCAGAGAGCCAGGAAGAAGGAGAUCCAGUUUUUUGAACUUCUUUCUUCCUGCAGCUCUGCAGCCUUACUACGAAUCGGAAGAUCAUCUCCACACUAGCGUCAUGUGCUUGAAACUUCUUAAAGAGCUUCCAUACAUCUCUCGACGCCAAUCGUUGUUCUGGGCUUCACACAUUAGAGUUGGAGUUAAGUUAUGUGAUUUCGGAGAUUCGAGCGAGAUCAAGGAGCCAGAAAGAAGAAGAUCGAGCUUCUUUAAUUUCUUUCAUCGCCCAGCUUUGCCCCCUUUCCAUCUAUUAGAAGACCAUUGCCAUACUGCAAUCCUUUGCCUGAAACUUCUGACAAAGAUUCCUCACAGCUCGCGUCGCAAAUCGUUCUUCUCGACUACCCACAUCACAACGUUCAAACUUCCUGCUCUGGAGGAGGAACAUGAUUGGAUUAAGCUGACAAGGGAACCCCAAGCACUUGUAAAUUUGGAAUUUGAUGAAACUAUGGCAGGAGGUCAAGGACCCCUCCAAUAG